AUGUCUCCGGUGUUUAAUGCGUUGUCUGUCGAAGAGAUCGCUUACUUAGUUGUCCGGGAAUUGUUACGCACCGAGAAAUCUUAUCUUGUGGACUUGACUGACAUCUGCGAAGGGUACUACAAAGGCCUGUUAGAGGAGGAUGGUCGUAAGAAGAGUUCCAGUUCCAUUCCGGAGGAUUGCCAGAUGAGCCAGCAGCAACUUUCCGUUUUAUUCUCCGAGAGUGAGCUUAGGAUCCUGUUCGGAAAUGUGUGGGAGCUGAAGGCUUUUCACAAGAAACUGCAUUCACAGUUGGCUAAACACAGAUUUGAUGUCGCACAAAUUGCACAGACAUUCAUAAAUGAGCAGGACAGUUUCGUGUCUCUCUACUCUUUCUACUGUGCCAACUACCCCAAUGCAGUCAGCCUUCUCUCCUCUCACCUCACACCGAACAGAGGCGGUGCAGGCACUGCAACAUUGCACAAACUGCAGGAGAUGCAGGCGGAUAUGGGUCACGUGUUACCUCUGGCGUCCUAUAUGCUGAAGCCAGUCCAGAGGAUCCUCAAAUACCAUCUGUUGUUGCAAGAGAUUGCCAAGAGUUGCCAGCAUCAACUGGACCACAGAGGUUACAGUUUGAUCUGUGAGAGUCUGGAUGCGAUGACAUCAGUGGCCAGUCAGGUGAAUGAGAUCCAGAGACGGUACGAGGACAAAGUGCACGUGCAGGAGAUUCAGAGCAUCCUCAUAGACUGGCCCCGCCCACAAUCGAACCGCCAGUACCAACAGGGGAACGCUCAGAGAGGAUCACGUGGUCAGGGACAGGGACAGGGCCAGGGGAAAUGGCAGGGGGGAUUGUUGACCUCGUUCGGGGGCAUCCGACUGGAGGGGGAGAUGCGGCUGCUGGGGGCUAGGGACUACCGACAACUGUUCCUAUUCGACAAAAUACUUCUCGUGACUAAGAUAACAGAGAGUGGGUUCCUGCAGCACAAGGCACACAUCUUCCACGACAACCUAAUCUUGCUGGAGAAGACCAGUCUGAAGGACCACCUGUCCUUCCAAGUGGCCCCCCACGACAACACCUCUCCCUCCAUGACAUUCCUCGCGCCCUCCAUUGAGGUGAAAGAGCGAUGGACCAGUGCGUUGAAAGAAGUAGUGAUUGCUUCGUACCAGGGUUCGAUCCCCGCUCUUGCCCAGCCUCAGCUGCUCUCCCUUCAGAAUGUGGUACGCAAUGAGAGCAUGAUGCGCGAAUCUUCUUCCAACUCCAUUUCUAACCUGUCCAAUCAGAAUAGAGAAUCACUGGACUUGAGAAAGAGACUGUCGUUUCUACACACGCCACAGUCUUCGUACAGUGGCUGCAGCAUGAAGAUAAAAGCCAAAAAUAACCCUCUCUUCGGACAGGAAAGGGCGCGAAGUUCACUGAAACUGGUGGAUAAGGAUGAGAUCGAGAGCAUACGACAGGACGUGCAGACCACUCAUUCGAGAAAGGGCAGUCAGUACAAAGGGGGCGGGGGCGGGGGAGGGGGAGCGGACAACAAUGCAUCAUUACCCACCCUCUCCACCCUGGCACAAUCACAGUCAUACUCUGACAUAAUGCAGGAAACAUCACGAGAGGAGAGGGCCGGUAGGGGGGUGGGAGCAACAGUGUCCACACAGGAACUCACAAAUGGUGUUUGUGCAUCCCAAGUGGUGGAUGGAGGUGAUGUGCAGCGGGGGGACACGCAGUUGCUGCAGAGGUGGAGCAGUGCCUGCACUGGAGUGGGGAGAGUGGGGGGACUAAUGGGGGUGGGGGACAUCAACGAUCACGAGAGGAGGAGACUGGAGGAGGAAGUUGGGGGGCUAGUUGAGAACGGGCUUCAGAGAAGGGCGAAAUAUGCCAGACGGACUAAGAGCAGCCGUUUCCCAGACCACUCGCGGAAUUUCUCCACACGAACGAACACUUUUAUAUCUAACCCGAACAGAAGCGAGAUGCGACACAGCAGCCGAAGACGGACGACAGCCGGGUCGACUAGGAUGGCUCGGCGCUACUCCAUGACACGAGACCAGCCCGAGAGAGCCGAGGAGGAACGUAUGGGCAGUUGGGGGCGAGGGUUGGAGGAGCACGAGAACGCGAGUGACAAGGACAACGCCUACUCCAUGGCAGGGGAGACACCCAGACACACCGCUGGAGGGGGGACAGGGGAAGGGGCAGAUGGAGGGGGAGGAGGGAGAGUGCGAAGAGUGAAGUGUGUCUCCCUGCCGGUCGCUACCGAAAACGGUCACAGACUGGACCAGAAUCAUGAAGCACAAAUCAAUACUGGCGAGGAAUUAGUCAGGACAGAAGACUCUUCUUUCGUUUUACCAGUUAUUGUAAUCGAGGACGAGAAACAAAAUCAUUUUCAAGAGAUCAACAAUCAACCGCCAUCAUUGGAGCCAAUAAAACAAGACCGAAAUAAAGUGUCAUCAUCUCAAAGAGGAGGCUCAAUUGGAAGAGUGUUCCGAUUCUGCUGCUGUUUCAGGAAAACUAAAAAGAGUCCUAAGCAUGACUAUCGGCCGCCAUCUCCAUCGCCUGCGACUCGGAGACGCAAAAUGGGACACCACUCGGAGGACCAAAGCUUCCCAACUCUUCCGGAUACGAACACUAGUCCAUCUCAGAACAAGAGAGAAGUCUCGGCAAUUAGAAGCCCCCAAGAGUCUCCAGCAGUUAGAAGUUCAAAGGAACCUUCGCGAAAUGUGAAGACGGAGUGUAUGAACAACAUAUCCAAAGAAUCACACAAUUCCACGAGCUCUUCUUCUCAAUUAAUUGGCGGCAAUCGUUUGGAGAUGGAAAGUAUUAUUUCACCUUGCAUGACGGACAUAUCGAAGGAUGUACAGGAAAACAAUGCUGCUUUUUGUCAUCAAUUUUUGUAA